CUCCCUUCCUCCCAGCUGACCUGUCAAAAUAUCACGCAGCGCGUGUGGGUAUGUUUGUGUUUGUGUGUGGCUCCCCUACACGUUGAAGACAUGGCAGCCAAAAUGGAGCUCGCACCCCUCAGACCAUGGGAUGAUUUCUUCCCCGGAACGGACCGGUUUGCCAAACCUGAGUUCGGAGAUUUAGCAAAGUGGAACAACAGAGUCAUCAGUAAUUUACUGUACUACCAGACAAAUUAUUUCGCCAUGGCUCUCGUGGUUUUCGUCAUUGUAGGGUUCCUGAACCCGUUUGGUAUGUUUCUGGGAGGGGCUGUGGUGGCUCUGGUCUUCAUUGGUUCAGUGUGGGCAGGGGAGAACAAGGCCACCAUCAAGAAUUUCAAAAGGAAGAACCCCACUCUGUUCGUCAUCGGGGUCAUGGUCACCAGUUACUUUCUGCUGUCGCUGUGUGGUGGUGUCAUGGUCUUCAUCUUUGGAAUCACCUUCCCUUUGCUGUUAAUUCUGAUCCAUGCCUCUCUGAGGCUGCGCAACAUGAAGAACAGACUGGAGAACAAGAUUGAGGGUGUUGGGCUGAAGAAGACCCCCAUGGGUGUCAUCAUGGACCUCCUGGAUCAGCAGGAAGAGAGAAUGAAUAAGAUUCAGGAUUUCAUUGAAAGCAAACUGAAGGAAUAAAGCUCUAUCCAAAAGUGUUCCAGGGGAGGUUAGUGUAGUACAGUAUGGAUUAAAAUGUCCAUAACAUCUUCCCAUGUGUCAGGUUUUUCUGCUCUCUCAAUAUAUAAAAAGUUACUGAUGUUUGUAUUGCCAUACUUUUUAUCCUUUUUACUUUACUUUACUCCCAUAUAUUUUUGUGUUAGUUUACACUGUCCAGAGUGUACCAAUUGAUAAUGCCCAGAUUUGCACAAUCACAGCGUGGAUUGGAUGUUAAAAGGCAACGAGCACUAAAAGUUACCAAAGGAUCGAGCAUUCCUGUGUCAAAAAAAAUAUUCCAAAAACAAAUCAUUUUCCUCAUCAAACUCACUUUGUUCCAUAUGAUGACUGACUAUUUAUUUCAGCAAAAUAUAUGCAGAAUGUCUCACUAAGUCUAAAGCUGUUAUUAGAUAGCAACUGUAUUCAUUCAAAAAAAGAGAAAGAAACGAAAUCAGAUCCUCUCAGUUUGCUACCUCAAAACAAGCACAUUUAAUUUUCUCCUCACUGAGUAGUCAAGAUAACAGCCACCAACACCACCUGAACUGUUAAGUGCUUAUUAAACAGCAAUAACUCCCACCUUGUCACUUCAGGAGCUGAAUGAAUACAGAUCUGAGACCAGUUUGCUUCCUUCAGAGCCAUAGCUAUAUUGGCUGACAAAUAAUACUUGAGUUUAACCGUUUCUAUUCUCAAAAGAUUUGUGCACUCCCAGUCCCUGACCAUCCAGGCUACUCUGAGUGUAUCCCUUAUGGUCACAGCUAUGCAAUAUUGAAAAUGAAUGGCAAGUGCAGCUUUAUUGUUUGAAUAUUAUGUCAUGGUAUGUAAAUGUUUGCUGUUAUUUCUGAUGUGUCUUUAUUUUCAUGAUAUAGCAUGCAGAAAUGAAUAAAAUGGCUACAGGAUGCUUUUGGAAAUUAGACAAAAUUGUAGAUUAAUAUUAUUUAUCACUCUAAAUUUCCUUUUAGAAAAGGAAAGAAAAUCUAAAUUAAUUCUUUCAUCUGUAAUGUCAAGUGUUCAUUUUAUACUGCUAGUCCUGAUAGCAAGAGUUGUUUGCUGUUGUUUCUCACACAUGCACAUUGACUGCAGUUUGUGCAUGUAACCUUCACAAAUGGCAGUUCAAAGAGAUUCCUUAUGUUAUAUGGAUGAUGUGCUAUAUGGUAUCUAUCUUUUUAUGUGACUUUUUCAAUCUUGAAAAGUGAUUAGAUCACAGAACUUGAAGUAAAACAUGCCUGUCCUCUAUAUAAAUAAAGAUAACCUGAUUUA